AAACAACAUCACUUCGAAUGGUGAAGUCGGAGGACGCAGCGGUCUCGAAGGACAGCGACGAGAAGUCUUUGCAGAAGCGUCUCAAGCGGCGACCAUACAUUCGGUCGAAGAUGCGAGAGUAUCGUGAGAAGGAGAAGCUCGAACUCGCCUACCUCCGCGCACACGCCCAAGCCCUCGACGCUGAGCUCCGUCACUUUACCAAGCAGCACCAGUCGACCAGAUCCAAGCACCAACCAUCGGUACUGUCGCCUCUGUCGUGGCAGCAUGUUAAGGACGCAUUGCAUGGCGCGCGCAAGGCCAUCGAAGCCGACCGCGAGAGCCUCACCAACCAAGUUGAAGAUGCCCAGGAAGUGGUGCGCGAAAUGACCACGUGGGUGGCCAUGCACCGCCGCAUCCCGCCACGACCGAACGCAGCCACGUUGACGUGGCAAGAUGUGACACUGUUGGCAAAUCCAACGUCGCGACAGCUGGGGAAGCUCUGGAUCGCCCAGCAAAUGUACUUCAACGCCACCAACACAUUCAAGCAGUAUGGUUUCCCAGCCGUCGAGUCCACCACGAGCGCGCCAUAUCUCGAAGCAGAUUGCAUCUUGAACGAUGAUAUGUGGACGUAUUGCAGCAAAAACCAGUUCAUUAUGGAUGCGAGACUGCCGUUUCAGCUGCUGCUAGCCACGUUUAAACAGCAUUUAUGCCAUACAUUGCUACUCGCACGGAGCGACGCCCAAGUGACUCUGCGGGAAUCCGAGGGGCCGACGUCGCUGCAUCAGACAGUGACAGUCAACAACGAAGCCAUCAAUCUGCUGUGCGGGUGCUUUGCAGACGAAGGCCGGGCUAUGGUGGUGGUCACGCAGAUCCAACAGGACGAGAUGUGGGUGCACGACCUGCCCCAGCGCCACCGCAUCAUGCUGUACGUGGCCACGAACUAACUUAGUUGAUGGGAUUACUACCUAGUAACGUUAGUUGGGUACUAGGUUUGAGCUCAAUCGGCUGGGCGACGGGCGAACGGUCAUGCGGAUGCUGCACAGUCUCAGCCAGAAGCACACGUCCAGCGGCGUGCUGCCAUUGGUGGAUGAAGCCAAGUUCAUGGGGCUAGACCUCAGUGGCAUCGACUCGGAGGCGCUCCAAAUGGCUAAGUAUCGACACGCACGGCUGGAGUAUGGCCAGACCUUGUUCUAUCAAACACGAGCUAAAACGAUUCAAUUGGCCAUGGCCAACAUGCGAACGCCAGGUGCAAGUACCACCAUCUAACCUCCUUGAAACUAUAAACGAUCCAAUGUAAAAACCCACAUAAAUACAAGUGCAAUGUGACACUGAUUGCACUUGAGAAUUUCU